UCGAAAUUUUAGUUUCCGGUGCAGUAAAAGAUAUUUGAAUCGCGAUUUGGCCUAUUCUUUAUGCUCUGAUUAUUUCGUUACAUCUAAAACCUUAUAAGGAAGUUAUACAUCAGAUAUAAGCAAAAUAUAUGCAUAUGUAUUUAUAAAGAAGGAUUAUAUUCUCUAAUCUAGUGUGAACGAAAUAAGCAGUGUAUGAGAAGAUUGCAAAUUAUAGAAGGCUAGGCGACUUUUGUAUACUUAAAAGAGAUCAUGGAAAAACGCGAUAAGAGUUGGGAUAUUGACACAACAAUGAAAUUAAUUAAAAGAGUCGAACAGCAACGAUUGCUGUGGGACACACAUGACAUUGAUUUUCUGAAUAUUGUAAAGAAACGACGCGUUUUCAGUGAAAUUGGUACCGAAUUUGGCUGUAUUGGUUCAGAAAUAGAACGCAAGUGGAGAGAAUUGCGAAACCAAUAUCGGCGUGAAAAAUUGCAAUACAGCAACUUGAACGCAAUGCCCUCAUGGUUUGCUUACGAACAUAUGCGCUUCGUGGAUAACCAUGAUUCGUGCAACUCGUUGACCAUAGCACCAACAUCACCAGUUUCAACAAACUCUUCUCUUGCGGAUGCUUCUAACGCAUUCUUCCGCGCAUAUAAAUUACAGAAUGGCAAAUAUCCUCAGUACAGUGACACAAUUUCUGACGUUGAACAAACACAAAUAGCUGAUAGGGAUGAAUUUGAAAUUUUCGCCGAGGGCGUAGCAGCUAAGUUACGAAAAAUUCAAGAUCCUCGUGUUCAGCUGUGUGUACAACGCGACAUUGAUAAUGCACUCUAUGAUGCAUUGAUGAAAAAUGCAGUACCAAAACGUAACUCAAUUAGUGCGCUUACAAGUUCCAGUAGUAAUAAUAGAUAUAAAUCGCUUAAAUACAUUGUGCCUGGUAUGAGCUCAUUUUAUAAUUAUUACCACUGAAUCAAAGCAAGCAAAAAACUAACAACUUCGAUUUCCAUAUAGUGGUAGAACGGCACUUUACUGGAAUGCAGCAGUGACGCUACCAAUGCAGGAACGUUGGAUUGAAAGUAUCGCAAAUAAUUUGUAAACGAAUGUAUACUAGAGCUUCUGCAACCACAAAUUCAAUAAAAUUACACAUUUUUCGGCAAUU